UGAACUGAAGCAGUUUUCAGACAGCUCACAGUUUGGGCCAAGGGGUCGCUGGAAUAUAAAGGUGAGAAAAAGGAGCUUAAACAUUGGGAGUUCUCCAGGUUCAGUGCUAUCAAGGUAACAGUUUGUCUUUAGUAUCCCUGUGAGAGGGUUAGGGUUAGGGUACAUCUGUAAAGGAGAAGGAGAUAAAAGAUAUCUAUCUGCUCUUGUUUUCUGAAUUUCUAAGAGACCUCAACAUCAAAGGAAACUCUCAUUUAGCUGUCUGUUUUGACCACACUUUCUGUGUGGGAGUGGGGGGGUUAAUUUCCUGCUUCUCUCUGAUUGGUCAGUUUGUCUCUGUCACUUACACUUUGUUUCUCAAUCUUUCACUUCCUAAUUUGAUGAUACUCGAAGAAGAGGUCCGUCACACACUCAGUGAUUGACAGCUGAGGGGGUGGAGCCAGCAGUCGCAGACAGAGUGGACUACAGCCAGUGGAUAUGCUGUUUCUGGUGUUGCUGAUGACGAUGAUGAUGAAGAGUGACGCUGUAGAGCUCGUCACUGCACGUAGCGGGGACCGUGUCCUGAUGACCUCACAGCGGCUGAAGGAGGCACGGCUGCAGCCUGGGUGGGACGUCAGGUGGACUCACCUGCAUCUGGUGAUGUCACGGAGUAGGAAUGUGGAGCAGUGUCACCACAAUCGCUGCAAACAGCAGAGAGACGGCUCACUGUUGUUCUCACAUGUACAGAGUCAGGAUGCAGGACGCUACAGCAUGGAAGUGUUUGAUGCCAGUGGGCAGAGACAACUGAAUGAAACCUUCCUGCUGGAGGUGGAGGAGGCGGGGCUCGAUAAACACGGGGGCAGCAGUGUGUUGGUGGGUGUGUUCAUGUUCCUCCUACUCGUCUUUAUCGCCGUCUUCAUCGUCAUCAUCAUGCUCAGGAGGAGGAGCCGCCAGAGAAUGACUUCAGCAGGUCCUUUGCAGGAAAAUGUGUAUAUAGUGAUGCAUGGUCACCAUGGCAACAAGACGAAGACUGUGGAGGAUACCCAGGAUAAAGAGGAGGAGUCUCAUUAUGUAAGUUGUUAUCCUGUGGUUUCCAUGGAAACACAAAUCACAGGGCAGAAGUCUGUGGAUGAAGAAAAUCUACGUGUGAAGACGAUCAAUCAGAGCUAACCUCAUGGUAACCUGGACACAGAGGCUCACCUGUAUGAUGUGUAAAUGUGUUUACAUGAAUCAUAAACGUAGAUCAUCGUCAGUUUGUUCAUGACUAAUAAAGUUUUAUUGACAGAGCUGUAAGGACUGAAUCAGUGGUCGGAAAUACAAAGACAAAUAAAUCUCUCCUGUUCAACAAAUACUUUGAUGGUUCCCUGGAGAUGGUUCAACUUGUUUGUCCCUCUCAGCACCCGCAGGUGUAUAUGAAAAUAAAACUUUCUAUUGAGUCGA